UAUAAAACAGAGCAGCUGGCUCGACUCGACCUGCUCGAGCCUCGGGGACACAUCCACAUGGUGGCAGCAGCAGUUGCCCAAACGCGCCUCCGCUCGUGAACGUAACCGCGGUACACACUGGGCUUAAAGGAGACGCAACAAAGCGCACAAAAUGGUUGCGCUCCAGGUCCGGGCGGAUAAGUAGGUUUACUAUAGCUUUAAGAACGCGAAAAUAGUGUCUGCUUCUUUAAAAUCGUAUCGGUUUAUUAUUGAAUAGAUAAUUAAGAAAAGUUUUCUGUCCCUAAUCAAUAGUGAUAUGCAUUUAAAUUGGCGACGAACCCGGCGCACUCACAGAAAAUGUGCCACUGUAGGAUAAAGGCCGCCUGCGCUCAAAACAUCUUAAAACCAGAUGUGGUCCUUUUUCCCCACUAAUUGCAAGUGAACCCGUUUGACUGAAAGCGGAAUUUGGAGCAGACCGAAGUGUCCGGUGUCCGCGGCGAUGGAGCCGGUGGGCGACCGGAACGGAGAUGUAAAUAAAGGCGAAGCACCGGCGGAGGACAAGGCCGCACGUCAGACCCCGGCCACCGGUACGACUGUCGCGCCGCGGAUGGGGCUCAGAGAGCGGGGAGCGGGACGCCCGAGGUCCGGCGUCUGCGCUCCGUUGACGGGUGUGAACGGAGCCGCGGCGAGCCCGCUGAGCUCGGGGCGGGUUCUGAGGGACAGGUCAACGAGGGCAGUACCGGCCUGGCUGAAGGACACCAAGAGCGACGACGAGGACGAACCGAGCCCGGACCCCGCAGCGACCAAGCGGAGGAAAGUUCCCAACUCCAGGCGGAAGAAACAUUCAGAACCUGCGUGCUCGGCGGAGUGUGGAGGGGGGGUCGCAGCUGACAGCCUUACGGGCACAGGCUCGGAGGAACCCAAGAAACCUGUCACAGAUGCUCAAGCUCUCCCCUCCAGACGCCCCCCGGCACAGACCCGUGCCAAGCCCCCGUCUGGCAGAGCCGGCCGCAGCUCUGCCAAGCCCGUGUGUAAGACCGAACCCGGAAUGGAGAAUCCGGCUGCAGUGGAAGGAGAGGUGAACAAUGAGGAGAAGAUUCAAAUUGGAAACAAAGAGGAGGAAAGCGAGGACGUUGCCGAACCAGUGUUGGAUGAUGUAGACCUCACAUUUUGCGACGACCCUAACGACGUCAACUACCAGCCACAGGGUCAGAGCGGCGCAGAGGAGGAGGAGGAGGGCCUCAGCAGUGAUGAAGAUGUUCCUUUUAGAGACGACUUAAAUGACCACAGCUAUGACCCUAAGGCUGAGAGGGAUGCCCCGAAACCAAAGCGCAGAGCUCCUCCCAGACAGAAGGAGAAGAAAGAGAAGGCCCCUAAAAAAGAGAAAGAGGUUGCUGAGAUAAAGAUAGAAGGUCCGGACAUGUUGGAAACUGUGGAGGAGGAAGUAAAGCUAGAAGAAGUAACUGUGGAAGACCCGGAUGGACCCAGAAAGAGAGGCCGACGGAAAAAAGACGACAAAACCCCACGGCUGCCGAAGAGAAGAAAGAAGCCCCCGGUGCAAUAUGUGCGCUGUGAAAUGGAAGGAUGUGGGACAGUCCUGGCUCAUCCUCGCUACCUGCAGCACCAUAUAAAAUAUCAGCAUUUGCUCAAGAAGAAAUAUGUAUGUCCUCACCCGUCUUGUGGACGGCUUUUCCGCCUUCAGAAGCAGCUGCUGCGUCACGCUAAGCACCACACAGACCAGAGAGACUACAUCUGUGAGUUCUGUGCUCGUGCCUUCAAGAGCUCCCACAACUUGGCUGUGCACCGCAUGAUCCACACAGGAGAGAAGCCCCUACAGUGUGAGAUCUGUGGCUUCACCUGUCGCCAGAAAGCGUCUCUCAACUGGCACAUGAAGAAGCAUGAUGCUGAUGCCACCUAUCAGUUCUCCUGCUCCAUUUGUGGUAAGAAGUUUGAGAAGAAGGACUGUGUGGUUGCCCAUAAGGCCAAGAGCCACCCAGAGGUACUAAUCGCUGAGGCGCUGGCAGCCAAUGCUGGCGCACUCAUCACAACCCCUGCCUCCCUGCUGGAGCUGCCAGGAAACCCCAUGCAAGCGGAGGGCACUGACUUGGAAGACCAAGUAGGUCAGGAUGGGAAGGUUGAGCAGCUGAGCCAGGAAGGGCAAGUUGGGCAGCAAUUGGCUAAGUUGUCCCAUAUGGGCCAUGUGACCCAACAUGUGAGCCACCAGGUGGUUUUACUGGGACAAGACCAGAGCCUCCACACGAUGCAGGUGCCAGUGACGAUUGCCCUGUCCCCUAUUGACCCCCCUUCGCCGGUUGACAACCAGCAGCGGACUCACCUGCAGCUGCAGAUGCCCGUCCAGUUUGUGCAAGCUGCUCAACAGCAGCAACAUCCCCAAAUCCAUCAACUGACCCUCCAUGCCAACUCAGUGGUGAACCAGCACCAACCACAGCUCCAGGCUCUCCAGUCAUACUCCUCCCAGCAGCAGAGCCAGGGGCAGACACAAAUCCUACAGAUGACCUUCCAGCCGGUCAGCCAAUCCCAAACCCACAUUCAGCAGAUCCCCAUUCUAGCGACGUCUCAUCAACUCCAGACACUGCAGACAGCUGCCCCCAGCCCCCCUGUCCUGUCCCCAUCUCAACCCCAGUCCCAGGAUCCAGCCUCCACAAAUGGGGGCAGCUUUAUUCUGGACAAUUCAGGGCUCACUUCCUCAUCUCCAUCAGAUAACUCUCUGCAGCAGAGAGAGGCAGUGGGGGAGGACGCUGUGGUCUGGGAGCAGACGGGACAAGAAAUUCUGGCUGAUGUGCAGCAGGCCCUCAUGUAAAAUAAGGAUGGAGCACAGUGACACAAAGAAGAAAAUAGAGUAAGAUUAAGUCAUCAGUGGCCUAAUACACUGUAUUGCAAUGUUUGCGGUUAAUGUAGGAUCACCAGUAUAUGUAUAGUUAUGUACUGUUCACCCAUAGUCAUAUUAGGUAGUUGUUUUUUUUAGAAUAUCUGUCAGGGAAAGAUAUGUGUCUGUAUGUGUAAGUUGUUGCCUUUGUACAAAACUGUCCUGUAAAUUUAACUAGCCUUUUAUGUGAGUGGUGUGUGUGUGUAUUGAUGCUGAGGUUAUAAGCUGUUGCUAUCAUGCAAUAGUAUAGCAUACCUCUUAGUAAUAAAUAGCACAUCAAAUGCCUGGUAUGUGGCAAGUUCCUACUGUAAUAAAGCAAAUGAAUUUAUAUAACAAAUUAAACAUAACAAUUAGAGCACUAUAGACGUCCUCAGUGUGUGUGUGUGUGUGUGUGUGGGGUGAGUAAAGUCAAGUUCUAAGGAAAAUAAGAAAAUAGGCAAGUCAUUUUUCAUUUAUUGUCCAAAUCUACUAUAAAUCAUCCACUUUGAGAUUUAAAAAUAUACAACAGAGAAGUCUGAAAGUCACUGAGAAAAACUAAACACAAACCUUGGAAAGGUGUAGACAGAAAAAGGUGCUUCAUAGUCACAACAUGUAUAUUUUAGAGAUACUGGCAGUGUCAUUAAAACUUUAAAUGAGAUUUG